CGAAAUGAAAUGCUCCUCCUCUGCCGGAUCUCUUUGUGGAAUCUAAGGCUAUGCACUUGUGGAAGUUUGAACGUGACGCUCCAUCGAUACCUCUGAAAAUGGAUGAACAGACCGAUUUCGAGUAUUUGGACUACAGUGAAUAUUACGAUGACCAUCACAUUGAGAGUUUUGGACUUUGCGACAACACAUAUUUAAAAGAAUUUGCAAAAAAGUUUCUGCCCGCUGUCUACUCAAUUGUAGCGAUACUGGGAACUUUGGCAAAUGCUGUGUUGAUAAUUAUUUUCAUCAAAUAUGCAGCCAUCAGAAAAAUACCACCACUUUGCACGACCAUAUCUGAUCUUCUAUUUGGAGCAACGCUGCCUUUCUUUGCUGUGUAUGCUCAAACCAACCAGUGGAUUUUUGGACAGUCUGCUUGUAAAAUAAUCACAUAUCUUUAUACUACGACUCUAUACAGCAGUAACUUUUCCCUUGCCUUCAUGAGCCUAGACAAAUAUUACAGUGUGUUUGGUGGUUUCUGCUCUGUAAGAAUAAUAAGGAUCUCAGUUAAAUGCAUGGCAUUCUUUCUAUGGAUCUUCUCUUUGUUGGCUGCAAUUCCACAUGCGUAUUUUGCUGAGACUCAUGAGCAUGAUGGCCAUCAGAUAUGCACAUACCAUCAUGUGUCCACCUGGAGGACAGUCAUGAAAUUUGAGGAAAAUAUUGCAGGAUUUGUUGUGCCACUCAUCAUCAUGUCUGUCUGCUCAGCACAGAUCAGUUAUUACAUGGUGAAAAAGUUCCCUAACAACACAUGUGGACUCUUAAGACAGGAACUGGCAUAUGUGGUGACUUUCCUUAUCCUCUGGCUCCCUUACAGUGUUGUUGUGUUCUUGCAUGCUUUGCAAGAACUUCAUAUCUUAAUGGACUGCACCACCCACCAAAACCUUCAGCUAGCCGUCAUGCUGACAGAAUCGCUGGCCUUCAUGCACGUCUUUGUAAAUCCUGUUGUGUAUGCAUUUCAAAACAAAAGGGUCAGGAAGCUGUUCAGGAUGGCUCGCUCAGGCACAGCUGAGUUCCUGAUUGAGUCAUCGGAAAACCUCAGUGCCGUGGAACUCACAGCAGUCCAUACCACAGGCAUUUCCACUUGAGUAUAUACGGAGCCCAGGAGGUGUCAUUGCAAGAUAUUUUUUGGUAUACAUCCAGAAAA